AUGCCGACGUAUCCUAUCCGCCGCCGCCCGCGCGAGUGCAAGACUUGCCUGCCCUGCCGUGCCAGCAAAGUUCGCUGCGAUCGCAACGUCCCUUGCAGCAAUUGCGUCAAGCGCAACUUCGACUGUUCCUACGGCCGGCCGCCCGCUUUCAAACAUCCUAUACCUCCCGCCUCUAUCACCUCUGCCUCCACGCCGCAUUCCUCGUUUGUCUCCCCCACGAUCCCUCCGACCUACUACCCGCCCCCGCGCGAUGCCUACGACGCUGCCGACGGGCCCUCUACGGCUAGCACUAACUCGGAUCCACCCGAGGUCAUCGACAUCUCGCAGGCCGAGUGGGAUGACAUUAAUACCAAAAUGAUCGCUAUGGAGCAGAUCCUCGGGAGUCUCCAUUCGCUGUUCAACGCGCAUUCGUCCCGCCGACAUGAGAAUGAUCAGCCUGUAGGACGAAAGGUCUCCAUACCGUCACAAGGUGUUUAUGGGUCGAACGUGCUGAAGACGGGUGCUGUCCACAUUGGCUCCCGGUCAGCCUUGGUGGACAUCUUGGACAAAUCCAAAGGAUCUGAGGAUAUAGCGCAGGCGCUGACCCAGGAGGAUCUGCUUGCUGAUCUCGCCAUGGGUAAUGAGUCGGCGGCUUAUCCGUUCGUGGAUCUGUGGUCUUCUGAUCCAUACACAUUCAAUAUUGCCGGAGUGUGUGCAGUGCUUCCCGACGAUGCGCAAUGCCAUCGGUUUCUGGGAUUCUAUAAAGAAAUCGGUGCCGUCUUGUAUCCGGUUUUACCAGAUCUGAACCAGAUUAAAAUGAAGUCGGAAAGGUUACUGGAGGGGCGGCGUCGGGCUGGAGGGGUCUAUAAACCAGAUGCCAACGGACUAGUCAAACCGUUCGGCAUUGAUUUGCCCUUUUUCAGUCUGUUCUUUGCGCUCCUUGCCUCGGGCUGUCAGUUGUCGGACAUGUCUGAGAAGGACCGCGAAUUGACUUCGUGGGUAUACGUAUCUUGUGCUUACCAGUGCCUGCGGAUGUUAAAUUAUGUCUCGCAACCUACCGUCGAGGUCAUCCAGAUUCUUCUCAUCAUCAGCAAUGUCCUCUCGUAUAAUAUGAAUGCCGGUGCAUCAUAUACUUUGCUUGGCAUGACGGAGCGGAUGUGUCUCGUUCUCGGCCUUCAUGUCGAGUCCACCGGAUUCUCCAGUGCAGAGCAAGCUGUGAGGAGGCGCACUUGGUGGGCCAUGGCCUUUCAGAAUAGCCAUUUCUCGCUCGCCUAUGAUCGUCCAUCUAUCACGAUGGUCAGCCAGCCCGAGAUCCCCUUUGAACCCAAGUCCAUGCCGGGACAUCGGACUUACGUCGAGACAUCUUGCCGCAUCGUAUCACUGGCACUGGAAGUUCUGCGCUCACGCAUGGAUCCAAGCUCUGCACAACCGCGCUUCCACGACAUCCGAGAAUAUAAGCAUCGCAUACACCGCAUGAUAGCAGAGGCCACACCCCACCUGCGCCAUCUCGACCAGUGUCGGACACUAGCGGACCACAUCGAACGAACCGAGUUGCGCUUGCAUUCCUCUUACCUCCUUUCAGUUCUGUGCCGAGUAUCACUAGACCCGCAUGCGCCUAUGACCGAUACGCAUCGAGCUCUGAUCCGGGAAGACUGUAUCAACAGCUUAAUCGAUACGAUUGACGCAUUCGUCGAACUGCACGAGAUCAACUCUCACUGUUCCCGAUCAUGGAUCAGCUUGCAAAGAUCAAUUGCCUCGGCAUUUCUGCUCGUCGCGAACGAUGACGGUGCUCAAACAUGGGCUCUCGUUCACCGAUUAGAGAAUGUUCUGGCCGAUCACGUUUAUGAAGACGGAAACGCGGAACACAACAGCCGCACCGACUCCGCAAAGCACCUGGCUUCGUCGUUGCGUGCAUUGCGCGAAAUCCGGGAGGCUUUCCAUGCGCGCACAAAGAGACAACCGGCCUCAAUACCAGGCCAGAAGUUGUCGCCUCUGAACCUGCCAUCCCCGUCAUCAGUUGACGCCAGCCCAAAGGUACCGGUGACCCUGGCUGCGAACAACAAUGUGAUGCCCUUCGAGGACUGGAGCAUGCGAAACAUCCUAGGCCGGGUAUCAAACGUGAUGUUAUUCCCGAACAUGAGUGACAAUCCCGUCCCGGGAAGUUACAUGACGACAUCAUGUAAUCACACCUUCGGGGAAAAAAAAAAGAACAUUAUUCGCAUUGCGCGGAGAGAAGGGGAUUUGUCUCCCUGUAUGUAG